AUGCAUGAAGACCUGGGAAUUCUUCAGAACGAAAUGAGAUGGAUCACUGUAAUACUUCAACGAUUUGCUUCUGAUCACUACUGCUUGUGUUUUUCAGAUGUUGGUGGUGCAGCAGAUAAGAUUAAUUUAAUACCUCAAGACUUCUUUGCAGAACUGUGUGAACAAAUAAUUCAACAUCUGAACCAUAAGAUUCCAGGUGUAAAUACAGCAGAGCUGUGUCAGAGAAUUCAAACAUCUGGGAUUGAGCUUAAUGUUGGUGACCUGUCAAAAAUAGCUAACAUUGUUUCCUUUCUAUUUAGCACGGCAGCCAGACACCAUCUCUCUACAGAAGAACUCAUCACCACCUUGAGCAAUGCAGUCAGCACACUGCCAAAACAUGCAGUUCAAGUUAUCCGUCAUGUAUGGAAUGAGCAGGGCAAAUCCAUUAGUGAAUCAGAAGAUGCAAGAAACACAGCCACGGUGGGGCAGUUUGUAGAUCUUAAAUGGAAGCUGGGAGUUGCGAUGAGCUCUGACGCCUGUAGGUCUCUGAAGUAUCCUUACGUUAUGGUGGCACUAACAGUGGCGGAUCCUUCAGGACAAAUAACAGAGAAAUCUUUUGAGAUGACCAUCCCACAGUUCAAGAACCUCUUCAGACAGUUCAAGGAAAUGGCAGCCGUUCUUGAAACAGUGUGAAAAGAACUUUUAUUUACACUGAAAUAUAGGACAGACUUAGAUGAAGUAAAUUUGUUGUUCUGCAUAGGGAAUGAAGUACCAUUGUCCAGCAAGGUAUGUAUCCUUGGUCUUUUCGGUGGGUGUUUGUCAGCAUCAUCC